AUGGCGGCGGCGUCGGGCGCGGGCUCCGGCGCGGGCUCGGGGGGCCCGGGCGCGGCGGGCGGCGGCGGCGGCGGCGGCGGGGCGCGCGAGGGCGCGCGCGUGGCGGCGCUGUGCUUGCUGUGGUACGCGCUGAGCGCGGGCGGCAACGUGGUCAACAAGGUGAUCCUGAGCGCUUUCCCGUUCCCGGUGACCGUGUCGCUGUGCCACAUCCUGGCGCUGUGCGCGGGGCUGCCGCCGCUGCUGCGCGCCUGGCGCGUGCCCCCCGCGCCGCCCGUCUCGGGCCCCGGGCCCGGGCCGCAGCUGCCGCCGCGCUUCUACCCGCGCUACGUGCUGCCGCUGGCCUUCGGCAAGUACUUCGCGUCGGUGUCGGCGCACGUCAGCAUCUGGAAGGUGCCCGUGUCCUACGCGCACACAGUCAAGGCCACCAUGCCCAUCUGGGUGGUCCUGCUGUCGCGGGUCAUCAUGAAGGAGAAGCAGAGCACCAAGGUGUACCUGUCACUCAUCCCCAUCAUCAGCGGCGUCCUGCUGGCCACUGUCACCGAGCUGUCCUUUGACGUGUGGGGGCUCGUCAGCGCCCUCGCCGCCACGCUCUGCUUCUCGCUUCAGAACAUCUUCUCCAAAAAGGUGCUGAGGGAUUCGCGGAUCCACCACCUGCGGCUGCUGAACAUCCUGGGCUGCCACGCCGUCUUCUUCAUGAUCCCCACCUGGGUGCUGGUGGACCUCUCGGCUUUCCUGGUCAGCAGCGACCUGACCUACGUGUCGCAGUGGCCCUGGACGCUGCUGCUGCUGGCCGUGAGCGGCUUCUGCAACUUCGCCCAGAACGUGAUCGCCUUCAGCAUCCUCAACCUGGUCAGCCCCCUGAGCUACUCGGUGGCCAACGCCACCAAGAGGAUCAUGGUCAUCAGCGUGUCCCUGCUCAUGCUGCGCAACCCGGUCACCAGCACCAACGUCCUGGGCAUGAUGACGGCCAUCCUGGGCGUCUUCCUGUACAACAAGACCAAGUACGACGCGAACCAGCAGGCCCGGAAGCACCUGCUGCCGGUCAGCGCGGCGGACCUGGGCGGCAAGGAGCGGCACCGCAGCCCGGCCGAGAAGCUGCACAACGGCCUGGUCUUCCCGCAGCACCUGCAGUACGGCCGGCAGGGCCACGCCAGCGCCUACGCCCUGAACCGCUACGACGUGUAGGGCGCGGGCGGCCCUGGCCGCGCUGGACCGGAUCCGGACUGACCGCGGCAGGAAUUCUCCCCAAGGCGGCGCCGCCCUUUCCCGUCGUGCUUUGCGGAUGCGCCCCGGCCUGCAGGCUCCGGAGCCGCCGGCAGGUGGCGCGCUGGCGAGGCGGGGCGGCGCGGAGCCACAGGUGAGCCGCUGACGCGUGCGUCGGCCGAGGAGGUGCGGCAGGUGCCGCCCUGAGCUCCGCAGUGCGUGCCAGCGUGGCCGGUGCGGAGGGAAGGGACCCUCACCUGCUCCCUCGCCUCGGCCCUGUUUCCCCCACCCCGGGGUGGGCAGGGGGCUCCCGGCAGCCUCCACGCUCGGCCUGUGGUCAGCGCCCCCUCGCCGCCUCUGGGUGUCUGUCGCUUCCGGGAUGAGCCGGGGGGACCCUGGCCUUGCGUUUCCAGGACAGUUCUGUGGCCCUGCGGUUCCUGCCGGGGUCCGCGCGAGGCCCGGAUGAUGGCUCAGAAACGGUUCUGCGUUUGCCGCGGUUUUGGGAGAGAAGCGGUCGAGUGUGGAGAAGCCGUUCUCUGGGUGACCGCGCUCUCUGCCGAGGGAGCCCGUCCAGGGCGCAGAUCCUUGGACUGCGAAGCAGCUUGGGCCGGUGCAGAAUCACAUCAGGAACGUCAGCGCGAGGGGGCUUCAACAAGUCGGCGGGAAAUGCGCGUUCUCUCUCUUUUUUAAAUCCCAUUUCUCCGCCAACUUGUUGAAGCCGCCUGGUGGGACCCCCGGCGCGCGGAGGCCCAGCUGUUCCGGUGCCCUCCCCACAGGGGACCCUCGCUGGACACCCGGGACAGGUGCUCCCCGGGUCAGAGAGGACGUGACCUUAUCGUCUGCCUCACCCCUGGUUUCCGGUUUUAAUCUUGUAGCCGGUGGCCUCUUGAUCGUUGGGACUUUGUAAGAGGUGUCGCGGGGCUCUCCUGCUGGUGCCCGGGCAGGGCCCCCGCCGGGAGGCAGCCACGGUCGAGGGUGGCGUUGGCGGGGAGAGCCUGCCCGGGGCUGCCCUCCCUGCUGGAGAAGCCCACACGGCGCCCGAGGCAGGACGCUCAUCCUCUGGCCGUGGCGUGGGCGGCCGAGCCCUGAACUUGCCCUUGACCCCAAGAUGAGCUGCGCACCUGUUGGGGCUCCGUGAGGCUCCCGACCUUGGCGAAGCAGGAGACACCCUGUGUCCGGUGAAGGCAUGGGCUGUUGGAUUCUGUAACAUUUGCAGCAGGUGCACACACGGGAGCAGGCGCGGCCAUCACAGGGGACCGAAUCCGUGAGGCGGCCCCCAGGGCGCGCCCUCCUCGGCGCUGGGGGUCUGUGCCCACCCCCGGGGCGGUCUCUCAGAUGCAGCUCCUCCGUUUGGGGAAACUGAGGCCCGCCGGCACUUCCGGAGAGCGCCUGCUCACUGCCGCGAGGCCGGGCGUUUUUAAGCACCUUAUUUGAAGUCUUACUCGUCGCGUGGGCAAAAUCCAGCCUGGGCAGGCAGGCCGGCCAGGGGUGGCCGGGUGAGCGGGACCUGGCUGGCUGCCACCCUGCCGCCGGCCCUGCGUCUCCGCCAGGACACCGCAGGGCUGACAGCCGUGAGCACAGAGAACAUUAAAUUAUUAAAGGACCUGGAACUUGGUACGAUUCUUUCUCGGUUUUUGUUUUGCUCUUUUAACUGUCUCCUGUUUUCGACACUUAAGUGCUGUCGGCUGUUCUGUGGGAAUAAUGCCAUGUAUCCACGUUUACCAAAAAUCAGUGAUGGUCCACAGGGGGCCGGGACGGGCCCUGCCCCAUCGGUGAGGAGCUCUUUUUCAGGGACUGUCUUCAGCGGGCCCAGCAACACCAGCAUCCCACAGGGGUGCAGGUUCAAGUCCCGGCUGCUCCACUUCCCAUCCAGCUCUCUGCUGUGGCCUGGGAAAGCAGGGGGAGAUGGCCCAAGUCCUUGGGACCCUGCACCUGGAGGGAGACCCGGAUGGAGCUCCUGGCUCCUGGCUUCGUAUCGGCACAG